UGCAAACGAGCAGCCGGCCAGUCGUGUCCGYGAUCCUUUCCGAGUACGGUUUGAAUGAAAACGAAAAUACGUGAAUCCUACGCAGUGAUUUCCACACAUACGUGUGCAGACGAAUAUAAUCCAAUCAAGUUGUCUAUGCCCGAAGGUUAUACGAUAAUAUUAUAAGCGUUGAGCAUAAUAUUAUCACUGUGUAUCCUUUGUUUCAAAAGUAAUAUCUUACCGAGAAUUCGCGUUGUAACCGAACCGCGGUAUACACACCGCUACGAUACCACAAUCGCGACUGUCGUUCCGGGCAUUAGUCCAACAACUUAUACCGAGGAGGGGAUACCAGCCAACCAAAGCGUUUGAUGCCGAUGUAUCAUCAACCACGUUAUCCGUAAUACGACCAAGCGCAUAAACUAUAAUAAGAUCCAACCGAAUUCCUAAAUUAAAAACACAUAAUUGAAAAAAUGGUGGUUAAAAUUAUUAUCAUCGGAGCUGGAGUUGGUGGUACAGCAGCUGCUGCUAGACUUAGCAAAAAAGGAUUUCAAGUAGAAAUUUAUGAAAAAAAUGCAUAUAAUGGAGGAAGAUGUUCACUAAUUUAUCAAAAYGGACAUAGAUUUGAUCAAGGUCCAUCAUUGUAUCUGAUGCCUAAAAUAUUUGAGGAGACAUUUGAAGAUUUGGGAGAGGACAUUAAAAAUCACAUAGAGUUAUUGAAAUGUCCAUCUAAUUACAGUGUACAUUUUCACGAUGGGGAAACAUUCGAACUUACCACAGAUAUAUCAAAAUUAUCUCGUUCUUUGGAAAAAUACGAGGGCAGUGAUGAAUCGACAUUAAUUAAUUUUUUGAGCUAUUUAAAGGAAACUCAUGUACACUAUCAAAGGAGCGUUAAAGUUGCACUAAAAACUGAUUUCCAACAUUGGUAUGACUUUUUCAAUCCAAAACAUAUACCCGACGUAAUCCAACUACAUUUAUUGGACACUGUUUACAACAGAGUUUGUAAGUAUUUCAAGAGCGACUACAUGAGAAAGGCGUUUUCGUUCCAGACUAUGUACUUAGGAAUGUCACCAUAUGAUGGAUUAGCUCCAUACAGCUUACUGCAGUAUACUGAAAUAGCAGAAGGCAUUUGGUAUCCAAAAGGAGGUUUCAAUAAAGUAUUGCAAAGUCUUGAAAAAAUUGCUGUUCAAUACGGGGCMAAGUUCAAUUAUAAUACUGACGUCCAAGAAAUAGUAGUUGAUGAUAAAGGAAAGGCGAAAGGAAUUAAAUUGGUAAAUGGUGAUGUGGUAAAUAGUGAUAUAGUGAUUUGUAAUGCAGAUCUCAUAUAUGCGUACAACAAACUUUUGCCAAAAACAUCUUACGCUGAAAAACUCGGCAAAAAAGAACUCACUUCAUCUUCGAUAUCAUUUUAUUGGUCUAUGAACAAAAUUGUAUCACAAUUAAAAGUACACAAUAUUUUUUUGGCUGAAAAAUAUAAACAAAGUUUUGAUCAAAUAUUCAAGGAUCAUACAUUGCCCGACGAACCAUCGUUUUAUGUAAACGUACCUAGUCGCAUCGACCCAACAGCAGCACCAGAAGGAAAAGACACAAUUGUGGUWUUAGUACCRGURGGACAUAUAUCGAAUGUACCUAAURUSGAUUUCGAUCAACUUGUCAAGAGAGCUAGGGAACAWGUAAUCGACACAAUWCAGAAAMGAUUGAARAUWUCCAACUUCAGAAGUUUGAUCGAUCAUGAGAUAGUGAACGAUCCGAGAACAUGGCAAAACGAAUUCAAUUUAUGGAAAGGGUCUAUACUAGGAUUAUCUCAUUCAUUGUUUCAAGUUCUAUGGUUCAGACCAAGUUUGAAAUGUAAAAUAUUUGAAAACUUGUACUUUGUKGGCGCUUCAGCGCAACCUGGCACUGGUGUACCAAUAGUGUUAUGUGGUGCAAAAUUGCUAGAAAAACAGUUGUGUAAUAGAUUCUUGGAUGGUAAAGUUGAAAUAAGCAUAUGGUCGAAGUGCGUUUCAUUCUUAAUCGGUCUUCUAGCACUUCUGAUUUUUUGGUUUUUUUUUGGAUUUUAAUAAUAUUCUAUUAUCAGGUAUAAAACACAUAUAUG